UCUGAAAGCUCUGGUAGAAGGAUACAAACAGUGGUCAUCCAGUGCACCGAACCUUGGGAAGAUCCAGAGAACUGCACCUGCUUUUCCAGGAUUCACCAGCUUAGCAGAGAUGGAUGAUGAAGACAGUGAAUGUCUUAAUGGGGAGGGCAAAGUGCACCCUUCACCUGGGCACAAUCAGUCGUACCUCUGCAUCCCAUUUCAGAAGAAUGAAGACUGGGAUGGCCCUUCUAGUGAUGCUAAUGAGGAGUCCACCCCUGUGAACUCUGCUACGAGUACCCCGCAGCUGACACCCACCAACAGCCUCAAACGUAGUGGCUCCCACCACAAGCGAUGCGAGGUUGCGUUGCUUAGCUGUGGAGCAGUGCUGGCUGCUGCAGGCCUGGGUUUUGAUCUGUUAGAAGCAGGGAAGUGUCAGCUGCUGAUUGAGGAGGAGCCAGAGGCACCCAAGGAAGAGAAGAAGAAGCGUGACAGCAUUUUCCAGCGAGCUGGACGCCCACGCAGGAGCACUAGUCCACCUUCCCGAAAGAUCUUCAAGAAGGAGGAUCCAAUGUUGUUGCUAGGCGAGCCAUCCACAUCCCUCACCCUUCUUUCCCUGUCUUCCAUUUCCGAAUGUAAUUCCACCCGGUCCCUGCUGCGCUCAGACAGCGAUGAGAUUGUGGUGUAUGAAAUGCCUGUCAGCCCAGUGACAGUCAAGGCUCCCUUGCCAGCCAUUACCAACCCACUAGUCAAUGUCCAGAUCGAAAGGUUCAAACAAGAUCCCAACCAGUCCCUGACUCCCACACAUGUGACGGUCUCUUCCCACACCCAUCAAAGUGGGCACAGGCGCACACCUUCUGAUGGGGCCAUCAAAGGGAGUGGACUAAUUGUGAAUGGGUGCCCAACCAGUGGAUGCCCUUCCAGUAGCUGUUUAACUGGAGCACUGGGAGCAGGUGUAUUAAAAACACCUAGUCCAAGUAGAGAUCCCAAUGAGGUCCCACGCCUGCCAGACCCCAACCUUGUUUUUCCUCCAACCCCAAGACGAUGGAAUGCACAGCAGGACCCCACACUGGAAAGACCCAAGACAUUGGAGUUCCUGCCCCGGCCACGUCCUGCAGCCAGUCGGCAGCGGCUUGAUCCCUGGUGGUUUGUGUCACCCAGCAAUGCCAAGGGUGAAUCUUCUGCCAACAGUUCAAGUACUGAUACUCCAAGCAAUCUGGACUCUUGUUUUGCUAGUAGCAGCAGCACUGUAGAAGAGAGACCUGGACUGCCUGCACUGCUUCCUUUUCAGGUGGGUCUUCCUGUAGAGGAGCGGACACUGUUGGACAUAGAUGCUGAGGGGCAGAGCCAGGACAGCACCAUUCCGCUAUGCAGAAGUGAACUUAACACACACAAAGCUGCAGCAUAUGAACUCAAGCAAGAAUUCUGGUCUUAG